CGGCGGGUCGGGCGGUGCCGCCGCGGCCACCGCGCCCGGGCAGCAGCGCGGCGCGGCGGCGGAUCUCCUCCCGCGGCGGAGGCGGAGGAAGAGACCAUGUCUUUCAGGAAGACAGUCACUGUACUGUAACAGCAGCGUAUCUGCAGCAAAAUAAACAAACCGGCCAACCAAAAAUACCAAACAAACAAAAAUAGCCCGAGCCGCCAAGACGCUGGGGGCAGAUCCCGUUUGCAGGCAAGGUUGACUAUGGUGCGUCAAGCUCUCCGAAGGACCAGCAUGGAGAUUGGCUCUCUGAACUGCUAAUGGGGACAUGGGACUCACGUUGCCGUUGAUCAUUUGUGUGGACUUAACCAGCAAAGACCAACAGAAGACUCUAGAAAGGCAGUUGGAAUUAUAGCAGUUUUUCAGGUCACCAAAUCUUGUUAUUUUAAUUUCUGUCUGGAAGAAUGUCUGAGCAAGGUAAAUUGAACCAAGAGACAGCAGAAGAAGCUGCAAAAGAGCAGGAGACUGCCAUCUCUGAAGCCAACCCGGACAACUGUGUUCUUAAUAAAUCUGAAAGCUCAGAAAUAGAGGAGGAGAAGCUCAGUGAUUCCAAGACAGAGCUGCAGGUGUUACUGCCAACAAAAAGUUGUUAUGCAAAGCCUAAGAAGAAACGAGGAGCAAAUCAGAAAAAGAGAUCCAAGUCAGGAGCUAAGGGAAAACUCGUGCGGAGUCUUGCUGUGUGUGAAGAGUCAACCCCUCGCCCGGGAGCAGAAAAUCUUCAUGACAACCAGGAAUCAAUCCAACUGCAGCUUUCAAGUUUUCCUAACUUGCAAGAAGAAGAUAAAUCUAGUAAAGAUGACUCCGAGAAAGAAAAAGAGAAGGAUAAAAAUAAAGAUAAAAACAGUGAAAAAAGCAAGAUCAGAAUGUUAUCAAAAGAUUGCAGUCAAGAGUAUACAGACUCAACAGGCAUAGAUUUGCAUGAGUUUCUCAUUAACACAUUAAAGAAUAACCCCAGGGACAGAAUGAUCCUCUUGAAAAUGGAACAGGAAAUUAUUGAUUUUAUUAGUGACAACAAUAAUCACUAUAAAAAGUUCCCUCAGAUGUCGUCCUAUCAGAGGAUGCUAGUGCACAGAGUGGCAGCUUAUUUUGGAAUGGAUCACAAUGUGGAUCAGACUGGAAAAUCUGUAAUUAUCAACAAGACCAGCAAUACAAGAAUACCAGAGCAAAGGUUUUCUGAACAUUUAAAAGAUGAAAAAGGUGAAGAAUCCCAGAAGCGAUUUAUCUUGAAGCGAGAUAACUCUAGUAUUGAUAAAGAAGACAAUCAGCAAAACAGAAUUCUUCCAUUUAGAGAUGACAGACGAAGUAAAUCAAUUGAAGAGAGAGAAGAGGAGUAUCAGAGAGUGAGGGAGAGAAUAUUUGCACAAGAUUCAGUUUGCUCCCAGGAAAACCUUUUUGUGGAAAACAGUAGGCUGUUGGAAGACAGUAGCAUAUGCAAUGAUAUGCAUAAGAAAAGACAGCUGUUUAGGGGCAACAGAGACAGCAUUGGGAAGACAUCUGGCAGUCGACAGAGCAGUACAGAGAACGAAUUGAAGUGGACAGACCACCAGAGGCCAUGGAGCAGCACAGACUCGGACAGCUCAAAUCGAAAUUUGAAGCCAGCCAUAACAAAGACAGCCAGUUUUGGUGGGAUAACCGUCCUGACAAGAGGAGAUAGCUCAUCAAGCAACAGAAGUACCGGCAAACUGUCUAAAACAGGUAGCUCAGAGUCUUCCAGCAGCGCUGGCUCCUCAGGAUCACUGUCACGAAUACAUCAGCCUCUCCAAAGUGCAUCUCUCGUCCCUGGGGUGACAGCCAAUUCUUCAGGCAGUGUGUCCUACCCUGAGAAUGGGAUGAGUGGCCAGGUGGCCCCCAGCAACACCAGCUAUAUCAUUCUUCCACUUGAAGCUGCAGGGAUACCUCCUGGCAGUAUCCUUCUCAACCCGCACACAGGUCAACCGUUUGUAAAUCCUGAUGGGACGCCGGCAAUAUACAAUCCUCCCAGUGGCCAGCAGACAAUGAGGAGCCAGGUGGUGGGACAGUCUCAGCAGCAGCCUUCACCCCAGCAGCCUCAGCAGGUUCAACAGCCACAGCAGCAAAUGGCAAGUCACCUUGUCACACAGCCUGUUCAGACAAUGCAGCCAUCUUCUCAGUCAGUCCAAUAUCCAGCAGUUUCUUAUCCUCCCCAGCAUCUCCUGCCAGUCUCUCCAACACAGCAGUUUUCUGUGCGCGAUGACAUGACAGCGCAGUUUAGCCAGAUGAGCUUGAGUCGCCAGUCGUCAGGAGACAACCCCGAGUCGCCCUCUGGUCCCGUGUACCCCUCGCCCAUGCUGCAGCAGCCCGCCCAGCAGACAGGUUACAUCAUGGCCUCCCCAAGCCAGCAGCUUCCCCCUGGAGGCUUCACGGGAUCAGGAGCUCCGGUGUCCCAGCAGGUGCUGCAGCCGCCGCCGCCGCCCCAGGGCUUCGUGCAGCAGCCACCGCCACCUGCUCAGAUGCCAGUCUAUUAUUACCCAUCUGGUCAGUACCCUACCUCAACAACUCAGCAGUACAGACCCAUUGCCUCAGUUCAGUACAACGCACAGCGGAGUCAACAGAUCCCCCAGACUGCCCAGCAAGCAGGUUACCAGCCUGUCCUGCCGAGCCAGCAGCAGGGGUUCCAGGGUCUCAUGGGAAUGCAGCAGCCGCCCCAAAGCCAGAACCUGAUGAAUAAUCAACAGGGGAAUCAGGUGCAAGGCAUGAUGGUGCAGUAUCCAGCCAUGUCGUCUUAUCAGGUGCCAAUGACCCAGGGUUCUCAAGGAUUGCCGCAACAAUCAUAUCAACAACCAAUCAUGCUACCUAAUCAAUCAGGUCAAGGAACACUUACAGCCACUGGAAUGCCUGUCUACUGUAAUGUCAUACCUCCUGCCCCACAGAACAACCUCCGGUUGAUUGCCCCACACUGCCCCUCCAAUAACGUUCCAGUUAUUUCUGCCAGCUGCAGGACAAACUGUGCAAGCAUCAACAAUGCAGGGUGGCAGGUCAAGUACUGACACUGUGGCUUAGAUUUAUGAGGAUAGAGGUGCAUUAUUUGACAAAUAAAUCAUGGCCUUCAAAUGAAGAGGAACACAACAGAAAAAUCAGUUGAGGACAUGAGUACUGACAAUGCUCAAGUGAUUUGCUGCUGGAAAAACCUGUAAAAAAAAAAAAGAAAAGUAAAAUAAAUUUUGAAAAAAAAAUGUUUGCUGGUUAAUGGUGCAUAUUUUUGUCAUGUCUGCUAGGUAUGCCUUUAUAGCUUAGCUAGUGACAUGAAUUCAUUGAGGUAAGAUUUUUUCCUACCACUGAACACCACUGUGUAGAUUGUAAUAUCCCCGAUUCGGAUUAGUUUUGUACUUUGUGUUGAGUUUGUGAAGCUAAAAGUAUUUAAAAAUAUAAUAAAAUCACAUUGUACCAAAGCUGUAAUGGAAAUGAAAAAAAAAUUGAAAACAAAAAGAGAAUUACUGAAUGGAAGGAAUAAUUUAUAUACACUAUAGAGUUUUUUUAUGGAUAUAUACUGUAUUGUAGUGCUUAAUCACAAUAAAGCUAUUUGACCUUAUGAAGGAAGGUCAUGUUUCUA